AUGACCGGAAGCUAUGUGGACCGAGCGAAAACGGGAACCGGCUUCCAAUACCCGUGGCCUUUUCCCGUUGGAUCGCCGACUGUCGGAUACAAGAUUGCCAGCUAUGCCACGUUGACGUUUGUUCGAUCUCUCUCGAGACUCCUCUUUUUCGCCGGAAUCAACAAAUUGCAAGUGGACGAUCGAGAGAAAUUCGUCAAGGCGCUCGAAGAUCGAUCACGUCCACUCAUCACCAUGACGAAUCACCGAUGCAAUGUUGAUGACCCGUUGAUGUGGACGCUUUUGACGUGGCCCGAAUAUUUUCGAAACAUUGAUCGUCAACGAUACACCCUUGCCGCUCACAACAUUUGCUUCUCAAAACAAUGGCAUACCACAAUGUUCUCCUUGGGGAAUUGCGUGCCGUGUGUUCGCGGUGAAGGUGUCUUUCAGAAAGGAAUGGAUUUCUCAAUAGAUAAGUUAAACGAACGAGGAUGGGUGCACAUAUUUCCCGAAGGAAAAGUCACUGAGACGCCGCUUCGAGUAAAAUGGGGAGUUGGGAGAUUGGUGAUGGAGCCGAAAAAUGCGCCAAUCGUGCUACCGAUUUGGAUGAAAGGAAUGGAAACUAUUUGGCCAAAUCACCCUCCAUAUUAUCCAAGUUUUGGCAAAACGGUAAAAGUCACAAUAGGCGAUCCAUGGGAUACGACUGAAUUGAGGGAAACAUUGAACGAUUAUCGACCCGAAUGGAGUGAACAACAAAAACGAAAAUUGGCGACCGAUCAAGCGCAAGAGCUUUUAUUCCAAUUAGGAGAGAAAUGCGGAGAUCUUGAGCCUGGGUCAACUGCUCGUUUGCAUAAAGAACAUCAAAAACCAAUUGAACUUUUUAGA